AUGGAAAACAGAGAAAACCUCGACACUGACAGCGAGGAGUUCACACAACUUAGAAUGGACUUCGUAAAGCAGACAAAAGUCAGUACAGGUGGAAAAGAAAUGGAAAUGCGGCGCCUCGAAGCGUACUUUUCCAAAACUGGGCCAGGGGAUGAGAAAGUCUUCGAAGAGACAAGAAACGAGUUGAUCAAAGGCAUGCGAGCCUUCCAGUCACUUGUUCCAGAGGAGCUCAGGACAACAGCCAUCCCUGCGUCAUGGUCAGAUGUCGACACAGCAGUUUCGACGGUGCAGGAACAUUGGGAAUCCCAAUCUCAAGGCAGUAAGACUUCACAAGCAAAGAAGUGGUUCAGAAAGAUGUGCAAUGGUCUGCACAACCACCGGGCGGCAUUAGACCUGCUUCCCAAGGAGUCUGAGUACGUGUCUGUGAUCGCCGGUGCGGUCACCUUGAUCAUCAAAGCCUCGGCAAAUUAUACUAAGAUCUCAGAGUCUUUCGUUAAGGGUGUGAUCGCAAUCAACGACGCCGUGGCUUUGGUGCAAGGAAAUCAAGUCUACAACACACCACAGCUUCAACAGCUUUCCAUGCGUCUUUACACGGGAGUUUUCAGCUACCUCAGAAAGUUCAUGACCUGGUUUACAAGCAAGAGCAGGAAGAGAUUAUUGUGGAGCUUGAAUGAGAACCUGGAGCAGACCUUCGCGGACGAUCUGGAACAAGUGAAGAGCACCUCUGCCUUACUAUCUCAGCAAAUUCAACUGCACAUGUCUAUCGAUGUUCGAAUAUCGAAUUUGAAAAUUGACAAGACAAAUUGGGCCUUGAACUACCUGAUAUCUCUUAUUCAAAAUGAAGAGGCGCAAAGAAGGCUUCAAAGCGCAACCAGCGAGCGCUUCUUCGAGAAGCUCUUCCUCGAAAAUUUCCAAAAGUCAAAUGAUGAGCUCAAAGAGGCAUUAUCCAACAUGAUGGACGGCUUCAAGGAAGUUAUGAGACAGGCAGUAUCAGGUGAGGCUAUGGGAAACAUCCUCGAGCGGCAAGCUUCCAUCGAGCUUGACACCGGCGACCAACACUCGACUGCCUCCAUAACGAGCUUAAUCGACGAUGCCCAGAACCAAAUUUUGACGGAUCAGAGCCUCAACUCAACGUCACAGCAAGAGGAGGAUAUAAAGCUCUGGUCGGCCCACUUAGAAGACCACUACAGCAGCGAGCAGGUCUACCCUUUUCCCGAUGUGCCGCAACAAUACUAUGCAGAGACAGCUUUUGUCUCCAGGUUAAGCGCUUUCACGACAACAUUAGAAUCGCAGAUCCUCUAUGCAAUGGCCCAAUUCCAGCCCUCUGGCCGGAAUCUACUGCGCUUUUCCGCGGCUAAAUACGCCAACCUGGCGCGAACUCACGGCGUCCCGGUGAUCUCAUUUUUCUGCUCGCCUCUGCCGGAUGAGCCGUGGCAGCUGACAGCUCUGUUGUAUUCUCUGAUCCGUCAGAUCGUCGAGCUCCUAGGAGACGACAUUCCGGCGUCGGCGCAGCUCACGAAGGCAAGAUUCCAGCACCUCGACGGGAGCAUGGAUUCCUGGGACGAAGCCCUUCGCCUCUUCUCCGACCUGGUGAGGUGGAUUCGGCUCCCUCAACUGUUGUUCGUCAUCGAUGGGGUAAAUUUGCUGGGAAACGAUUCCGAAGAUGCCCUCCAGGAAAAGGUACGAGCUUUUGGGAGGGCUCUGAAGGAGCUCGCGCAUCCUGGGGCGGUGACAGACUGUAUCUUUAAAGUCCUCUUCACAACCGCCGGCCGGUCGAGUUCCCUUUUCGAGGAGCUAGAUAGUGAUCAGAUUGUUAUGUGCAAUCUCUCGUCGUCAGUGGGGGCUGGUGGGGUUUCUCGAAAGUCACGACGCUUCCUUCUGUAUUAG